AUGAUUUAUCACCUUCUCGCCUCGCAUCAUAAACUUUCAACUCAUACCUCGCUCACACUAUCAUCUCUGUCGCUUCUCUGGAUUUUUCUCACGCUCGUCUUCCUCGAGAUCGUCUAUAGAAUCCCCUCAUCUUCCCUCUUUCCGACCCCGCGUUCUGAGCUCCCCAAGCUCCUCCCGCCGUCGGACUUCACCGCUGCUGUUUACUCCUGGGCCUGCUCUGAGAGCUCACAAAUCAUCAUUCGUGACGCUGCGAAGCCGGGAAAGCGAAGAGCGUCUGCCGAGUCUGAAACUCGACCGGAGAAGAAGGCCAUGACGGACUCCAAGAUGGAGGUCGAUACCCCCACGCUGGACACGGUCGAGAAGAUCAAGCAUGGCGAGAUCGAUGAGUCCCUGUACAGCCGACAGCUGUAUGUUCUUGGACAUGAAGCCAUGAAACGAAUGGGCUCAUCGAACGUCCUCGUUGUUGGUCUGAAAGGUCUGGGUGUCGAGAUUGCCAAAAACAUUGCUCUCGCCGGUGUCAAAUCGCUUACCCUAUACGACCCUGCCCCCGUUGCUAUCUCCGAUCUCUCCUCCCAGUUCUUCCUUCAACCACAGGACGUUGGCAAGCCGCGUGCCGACGUCACCGCCCCUAGAGUUGCCGAGUUGAACUCGUAUGUCCCGGUCACAAUCCACGAAGGCAGCAAUCUAGCGGAUGAUUUGGAACAACUGAAGCGCUACCAGGCAGUUGUCCUCACCCUUACCCCGUUGAAGGAGCAGCUGGCAAUUGCGGACUUUUGCCACAAGAAUGGCAUUUACCUCACGAUAGCGGAUACCUUCGGUCUAUUUGGGUACCUCUUCAACGAUUUUGGGAAGAACUUUACCGUUGGCGACUCCACCGGUGAAGAGCCUGUAGGUGGAAUCGUGGCCGACAUCUCUGAGGAGGGUCUCGUUUCCGCGCUCGACGAGACUCGUCAUGGCUUAGAGGACGGUGACUUUGUCACCUUUACCGAAGUCAAGGGUAUGGAAGGCCUGAACAACAGUGCGCCUAGAAAAAUCACCGUCAAGGGCCCCUACUCGUUCACCAUUGGCGACGUGUCUGGCCUCGGUGCUUACCAGGGUGGUGGUCUGUUUACACAGGUCAAGAUGCCCAAGUUCGUUGACUUUCAGCCGCUUUCCGAACAAAUCAAGAAGCCGGAAUUCUUGAUCUCUGACUUUGCCAAAUUCGACCGUCCUCAGCAGCUUCACAUUGGUGUUCAAGCCCUCCACAAGUUUGCGGAGACCAAGGGACAAUUCCCUCGUCCCCAUCAUGAGAUCGAUGCCCAGGAAUUCUUGAAGAUCGCGAACGAUCUGGCAUCUAGCCAAGAAGAGAAGGUUGAGUUAGACGAGAAGCUCCUUAAAGAGCUGAGUUACCAGGCUCAAGGUGACCUCAACCCCUUGGCUGCUUUCUUCGGAGGCAUUGUUGCACAAGAAGUCCUCAAGGCAGUAUCCGGAAAGUUUGGUCCCGUGCACCAGUGGCUCUACUUCGACUCGUUGGAGUCGCUGCCUACUUCGGUUACUCGUUCCGAAGAGACUUGCAAGCCUCUUGGAACUCGCUACGACGGCCAGAUUGCUGUGUUCGGCAAAGAGUUCCAGGAUAAGAUUGCCAAUCUUAACCAGUUCCUGGUCGGUGCAGGUGCUAUUGGAUGUGAGACGCUGAAGAACUGGGCUAUGAUGGGUCUAGGAACGGGUCCCAAGGGCAAGAUCUAUGUCACAGACAUGGACCAGAUCGAGAAGAGCAACCUCAACCGCCAAUUCCUUUUCCGUACCAAAGAUGUCGGCAAGCUCAAGAGUGAAUGUGCUUCGGCUGCAGUUAUUGCAAUGAACCCAGAGCUCGAGGGCAAGAUCGUUACGCUCAAAGACCGUGUGGGUCCUGAUACUGAGGAAAUCUUCAACGAAGAUUUCUGGGAGGGUCUUGAUGGAGUCACAAAUGCUCUUGACAAUGUUGAGGCCAGAACUUACGUCGAUCGUCGCUGUGUCUUCUUCAGGAAGCCGCUCCUAGAAAGUGGUACCCUUGGUACCAAGGGCAAUACUCAAGUCGUCCUUCCCCGUAUUACUGAAUCUUACUCCAGCUCCCAAGAUCCCCCUGAGAAAUCGUUCCCCAUGUGUACACUCAAGAGUUUCCCCAACCGGAUUGAGCAUACAAUUGCUUGGGCCAGAGACCUCUUCCAAACAUACUUCGUUGGGCCUCCAGAGGCUGUCAACAUGUAUUUGUCUCAGUCAAACUACAUUGAACAGACGCUCAAGCAGGCCGGCAACGAGAAGCAGACCUUGGAGCACCUGCGCGACUUUUUGGUGACCGAGAAACCCUUGACUUUUGACGAUUGUAUUGUGUGGGCGCGUAAUCAGUUUGAAGCUCAAUACAAUAACGCCAUCCAACAGCUGCUUUACAACUUCCCCAAAGACUCGACUACUUCAACAGGCCAGCCGUUCUGGUCAGGACCGAAGCGCGCUCCCACACCACUGAAGUUUGAUAGCACCAACCCCACGCAUCUCGGAUUCGUCAUCGCGGGCGCCAAUCUUCAUGCCUUCAACUACGGUAUCAAGAACCCCGGUGCUGAUAAGGGAUAUUAUACAAAGGUCGUGGAUAACAUGAUCAUCCCGGAGUUCACGCCCAAGUCGGGUGUUAAAAUCCAGGCCAAUGAGAACGACCCUGAUCCGAACGCUCAGCCUUCAGGGUCCUCGUUUGAUGACAGUGACGAGAUCAAAAAACUCGUCGAUGUCCUUCCUUCGCCCAAGUCGCUUGCGGGAUUCCGUCUAAACCCCGUUGAGUUUGAGAAGGACGAUGAUACCAACCAUCACAUCGACUUCAUCACGGCAGCCAGUAACCUGCGCGCUGAGAACUACGAUAUUUCCCCGGCUGACCGUCACAAGACUAAGUUCAUUGCCGGAAAGAUUAUUCCCGCCAUUGCCACAACUACCGCGCUCGUCACUGGUCUGGUUGCCAUGGAGCUGUUGAAGAUCAUCGACGGCAAGGAUGACAUCGAACAGUACAAGAAUGGAUUUGUGAACCUUGCGCUACCGUUCUUUGGCUUCAGUGAGCCUAUUGCAAGCCCCAAGACCACGUACCAGGGCAAACAGGGUGAAGUGUCCAUUGACCAGAUUUGGGACCGCUUCGAGGUGGACGAUAUCCCUUUGCAGGACUUCCUCAAGCACUUCUCAGACCUGGGCUUGGAGAUCAGCAUGGUCAGCUCUGGUGUCAGCCUUCUCUAUGCCAGCUUUUACGGCCCGUCCAAGGUAAAGGACCGCCUUCCAAUGAAGAUGAGCCAGCUAGUGGAGCACAUCAGCAAGAAGCCAAUUCCCGACCACCAAAGGAACGUUAUCUUCGAGGUGACCGCUGAAGACCAGACCGAAGAAGAUGUUGAGAUCCCCUAUGUUAUGGUGAAGCGGAAGUGA